UGGGUGGAGGAGAGUCCUAGUCCUCACUAAGUGAGACUUACCUGCUCCCUGAAUCCUGUCCUCUCUGCUUUCCAGCAUGGUGUGUCUGUUGUUCCCCGGAGGCUCCUGGAUGGCAGCUCUGACAGUGAUACUGAUGGUGCUGAGCCCUCCAUUGGCUUGGGCCAGGGACACCUCACCACAUUUCUUGUAUCUGUGGAAGUCCGAUUGUCAGUUCUUCAACGGGACGGAGCGGGUGUGGUUCCUGGAAAGACAUUUCUAUAACCGGGAGGAGUUCGUGCGCUUCGACAGCGACGUGGGGUUGUACCGCGCGGUGACCGAGGUCGGGCGGUCUUGGGCCGAGUACUGGAACUCGCAGGCGGACAUCUUGGAGCGGAAGCGGGCCCUGGUGGACACGUACUGCAGACACAACUACGGGGUUGUUGAGAGCUUCACGGUGCAGCGGCGAGUUGAGCCUACAGUGACUGUGUAUCCUGCAAAGACCCAGCGCCUGCAGCACCACAACCUCCUGGUCUGCUCUGUGAAUGGUUUCUAUCCAGGCGACAUUGAAGUCAUAUGGUUGCGGAAUGGCCAGCAAGAGGAGGCUGGGGUCAUCUCCACAGGCCUGAUUCAUAAUGGAGACUGGACCUUCCAGACCCUGGUGAUGCUGGAAACUGUUCCUCAGAGUGGAGAGGUCUAUACCUGUCAAGUGCAGCACGCAAGCCGGGCAAGCCCUAUCUCAAUGGAAUGGAGAGCACAGUCUGAAUCUGCACAGAGCAAGAUGCUGAGUGGAAUCGGUGGCUUUGUUCUGGGUCUGCUCUUCCUUGGGGUGGGGUCUCGGAAUAGGCCAACAGGACACAGUAACAAUUUUAGUAGAAAAGAUGCAUUUCUGAGGUCUUCCAGAUUGUGUGACAAACUUACUGUCUGUCACAGGAAAAUCCUGUAUGGAUCUCACCAUAGCAGAAACCAGAGGCAAAGCUGGGAGACAAAGGGGAAUGCAUAG